GCCACAGUGCAAGCUAGUAUUUCCGCCACACGCACCACCCCCGCACUCCUCCUUCCUUCAUCAUCGAUCCCUUCUGCCUUGCCAUGUUCACCCCCGUUCAGCUCAGCAGCAACAGUGCUGCCACUACAAUCGACAUGAACACGACCCAAGUCAUGGAAGCUGCAGGUGAGGCCGGCACCUCGAAGCAGCUUGCAAGGCUGCUGUUUAUAUUUGGGUUCCUCACUCUGCUCAUGGAUUUAGCUACCGCGCUUUACAAGCCGCCGAGCGGAGUCGUCUUCGAGAGCCACAAACGGGCUUACUACCUCACCCUCGCCGGAAUAUUCGCUGCUGGAUUGGCCGAGGUCUCCACCGCCUUCUGCCUGUCUGUUGGCUCCUCCGGCGAAUCCAUAGGCCGCCUUCGCGCGUUCGCCAGGGUAGUACUCUGCGCCUCCGUCGUGCCGCUCGCCGCUGUCAUCGCUCUCGGCGGCUACGCCGUCCUCAUCAAGGGCUAAUUCUGCAUGACGAAGAGGGUGCAUAUGUGCAAGUCUAUAUAGUAAUUAUCUACGGCUCCAGAUGUAUGGGUUGUACGUCGCUUGUAUCUUUUUUCCCGUUUUCAUUGCCAAUAUAAUAAAAA